AUGAAGUACUCCAUCUCCCUCAUCGCCCUUUUCGCUGCCGGCGCUCUCGCCAUCCCUGCCGCUACCACUCCGAAAUGCAAGGCUGGUGAACAGUUCUUUGAAUGCGGCACGGCCUGUCCCUUGACUUGCGAUGCACCCGAGCCCCGACCGUGCACCAAGCAGUGCGUUCCUGGCUGUUUCUGCAAGGAAGGCACUAUUCGAAGCCAGUCUGGAUCUUGCGUUAGUCGCAACAAGUGCUGA